UCUGUCACUGCCCACCAAAGAAACAAUGAUUUGCCACUACCCCCAUAUUUUCCCUUUCUUUUUCUUUAGCUGCAGCAGAAGAUAAUGGAUCAAGAACUUCGAGUCAUGGCGUUUUAGGAUGUCUCUGUGGGGUUUCUCUUCGGUUCUGAGAUAUAACAAAAGUACUUAAAAGUUGUCGAUGGGGUCUGAGUUGAUGAAUAUGCGGUGUUUUUGGGUCGGCUUCUUUCUGUUCUGCGGCUUUUGGGUUAGUGGUUUCUGUGACAAAGAUGGUUUCUUGAGUAUAUCUUGUGGUGGAACAACUGGUUAUACUGAUUCAUCGAACAUAUCAUGGGUCCCCGAUGAUGAAUAUGUAAGCACAGGGAACAUCACCACCUCGUUUAAUGACCCAAUUCGGUUUUUCCCGGAUACUCAAGGUCGAAAUUGUUACAAAGUCCCUGUAAAUAAUGCUUCCUCUUUGGUACUUGUAAGAGCAAAGUUUCUUUACCGGAACUAUGAUGGACGUGGGAAACCCCCUGCAUUUUCUGUUUCUCUUGGGACAGCUAUUACCAGCACCAUAAACCUCACUACUAACGAUCCAUGGACAGAAGAGUUUAUUUGGCCAGUUAGUAAGGACACUCUCUCCUUCUGUUUGCAUGCUAUUCCAGAUGGUGGAUCACCUGUCAUUUCUUCACUUGAAAUAAGACCACUACCUCAAGGAGCUUAUGCAAGUGGAGUGGGAGAUUCCCCCAAUAAGUCACUCAGGAAGAGUUAUCGAAUCAAUUGUGGCUAUGCCAAUGGCUCGUUGCGGUAUCCUUUGGAUCCAUAUGAUCGUAUAUGGGAUGCUGAUCAAAACUUUAUGCCCUUUCACGUGUCCGCGGGGUUUGCAAUUCAACAGAACUUCAAUCUGUCCAGUCUUGGGGAGGAUCCCCCUGUUGCUGUUCUUCAAACUGCUCGAGUUUUGGCAAGAAGGAAUGUGUUGACAUAUAACCUUCCUCUGGAUACCCUUGGGGACUACUUCAUUGCCCUUUAUUUUGCUGGGAUUGUUCCUGUGUCCCCUUCAUUUGAUGUAAUCAUUAAUGGAGAUGUUAUACAAUCAAACUAUACUAUAAAAAUAUCAGAUGUCAGUGCCCUAUACUUUACUCAGAAGGAGAUUGAGAGUUUGAACCUCACACUGAAAAGUAUCAGUUACUAUCCUCAAGUCAAUGCAAUUGAAGUGUACGAGAUAGUUGGUAUUCCACAGGAAGCUUCCUCAACCACAGUUUCGGCGCUUCAGGUUAUUCAGCAGUCCACGGGUUUAGAUCUGGGAUGGCAAGAUGAUCCAUGCUCUCCUUCACCAUGGGAUCAUAUCGGCUGUGAAGGAAGCCUUGUUACAUCUUUGGAACUUUCAGACAUCAAUCUGAGGUCAAUUAGCCCCACAUUUGGUGACUUGUUGGAUCUUAAAACACUGGAUUUGCAUAACACAUCCCUUACUGGAGAGAUACAGAACUUUGGUAGCUUGCAACGGCUUGAGAAUUUGAACCUGAGUUUCAACGAGCUAACAUCCUUUGGUUCAGAGUUGGAGAACUUGGCCAGCCUUCAAAUUUUGGACUUGCAAAAUAAUAGUUUACAGGGAAUAGUUCCUGACAGCUUGGGAGAGUUGGUGGACCUUCACUUAUUGAAUCUGGAGAACAACAAACUACAAGGUACCCUACCAGAGUCUUUGAACAAAGAAGCUUUGGAAAUUAGAACGUCAGGGAAUUUGUGCCUUUCCUUCUCCACAAUGUCAUGUAAUGACGUUUCAUCCAACCCUUCCAUUGAGACACCACAAGUUACAGCAUUCCCCCCAAAAAAGCGCACCAAACAAGAUCAUGUAGCAGUUAUAGCUGGUGCAGUUGGUGGAGCCAUUCUUGCACUUCUCUUUAUUUCUCUUACAGUAUUCUUAUUCAUGAAGAAAAAGAGAACUGAAGUCACAUAUGCAUCAAAGGGUGCAAUAGAGAUUAGAAACUGGAAUGCAGCAAAAGUCUUUUCCUACAAAGAAAUCAAAGCAGCUACUAACAACUUCAAGGAGGUCAUAGGCCGUGGUAGUUUCGGAUCUGUUUACCUUGGGAAGCUUCCAGAUGGCAAAAUAGUAGCUGUGAAAGUGCGGUCUGAUAAAAGCCAACUUGGGGCUGAUUCUUUUAUGAAUGAGGUGUCUCUACUGUCACAAAUUCGCCAUCAAAAUCUUGUAUGUUUGGAAGGAUUCUGUCACGAAUCAAAGCAGCAAAUACUAGUCUAUGAGUAUCUUCCUGGAGGAUCAUUGGCUGAUCGCCUUUAUGGUCCAAACUGUAAGAAAGCUUCAUUAAGCUGGGUUCGCAGACUGAAAAUUGCUGUCGAUGCUGCAAAAGGAUUGGACUAUCUACACAAUGGAAAUGAACCACGAAUCAUACACCGUGAUGUGAAGUGCAGUAAUAUCCUUUUGGACGAGGAAGCGAAUGCCAAGGUUUGUGACUUUGGCCUCUCUAAGCAAAUCACCCAGGCAGACGCAACUCAUGUCACAACUAUUGUCAAAGGAACUGCUGGGUAUCUGGAUCCAGAAUACUAUUCCACCCGACAGUUGACUGAGAAAAGUGACGUCUACAGCUUUGGGGUUGUUCUCUUGGAGCUCAUCUGUGGAAGAGAACCUUUGAGUCACUCGGGAACUCCCGAUUCAUUCAAUCUGGUGUUAUGGGCCAAACCCUACUUACAGGCAGGGGCAUUUGAGAUUGUUGAUGACAGCCUAAUGGGAACUUUCGACGUGAAGAGUAUGAGAAAGGCAGUCUUGAUUGCUGUGAGAUCAGUAGAAAGAGAUGCAUCACAGAGACCAGCAAUUGCAGAGGUUUUGGCAGAGCUGAAAGAAGCCUACAGUAUUCAGCUCUCUUAUCUCCAAUCUCGUGAACAUUCCAGCUGAUUUCUUAAGCUACGAUACAGUUAGUAACUUUUGGCGAUUAUUUAUAGAGAUAUGUUGAUCUGUUCUGAUAAUAGCAGCAAUAAAGACACUUUGUUUUCUUCAACUUCUGCUCUAUAAAGUAUUAUACAGUAUGGGGGAUAUUGUAACCAUGUGGACUCUAUAAAUGGUGGCUUUAAGCUUUCUGUAAACAAUCUCUCUCACGAAUCUCUCU